CGCCGGCCGACAUUAUUAAAAAGCGCGGGAAGCCCGCAGCGCCAUCACCAAGCGGCUCUGUCGUCGGCGUCAUCUCCAUCUUCGGCGUCGUCUUCGGCUUCGGCUUCGUCUUCGGCGGCAUCGGCAGUGUCGGCGGCGUCGGGGAAUGCGAGGCAGUAUGAGUUCUUGGAGGAGAUGAGGGCGGCAUGCGAAGCAGUGCUGCCGAAGGCUAGGGUUCGGGUGGAGAAGGUGGAGAUCGAGGGGAGGGAGAAAGCUGCGACGAUUCUAGAGCAGACGAAGAGACUCGGAGUUGGUUUGCUUGUUAUUGGCCAGCGCCGUUCCUCUUCUUCCUUCUUGGCGUAAGUCCCUUUUCACCUCUCUGUUUCAUAGGUUAGUCUCGACUGAAGGCUACAAUAAUUCUGAAUAUGUGUGUUUCAAAAACUAGAUUUUUUGAACAAGUUCGUUGAGUGCAUA